CUCUACCACACAAUUAUCCCGUCCGCUUAUUGCAGCUGCAGCAUCACGACUGUACCACCAAUGUUACCUGGUCCCGACAUCCCCGCACAUCAGAGGUACCCAGCAUGCCGUAUAACUUGUGCCUUGACUCCUACAAAUAGAGGUACCUGACAUCAACAUCACGAUCCAACAUCACGCUUUACAGGCACCCACACGUCCAGUCCAGCCUUUCACAGCAUAUGAUGCGAUCCAUUACUCCCAUCCUCCUCGCCGCCACGACAUUAGCCGCCCCUUCCCAACUCCUCAGUCCCCAACCCAAAUAUUCAACCUGGAUGGCCAACAGCAUCAUCACCCGUAACCUCUCCUCCCCCGCCACGCGCUACUACGACCAAGCAACCUUUUACCGCUCUCUCGAAGCCAUUGUCGUGGCCCACCAGAACUCAUCCAAUUCCUCCUCCUUCUCCCCGUACCUCUCCCACAUAACCACUCAAAUCGACUCCCUCCUCCAUCCCAACGGCACCUUCAUCUCCUGGGACUACAACGACCACCAACUAGAUAACAUCCGCGUUGCCUCGUCUAUUCUCUUCCUCUACACCUCCAUCCCUCCCUCCAACACCCCCCAAAGGACCAAGUACAAAGCCGCUCUAGACUUCUUGUACGACCAAUUGGUAAACAAACAGAAACGAAACCCAGAAGGCGGCUUCUGGCACAAAGACCCCAAGUACCCGAACCAGAUGUGGUUAGACGGUCUUUACAUGGCCCAACCCUUUUACGCCGCUUACACUUCUCUCUUCCUUUCUUCCAUGUCCCCUAACUCCGUCAACGUCAACACCACUGCAGCAGUAGCAGACAAAAACUGGGACGACAUCCUUCUUCAGUUUUCACUAAUCGAAGCCCACUGCCGCAACGCCACCUCCGGCUUACUCAAACACGGCUACGACGCCUCCAAAACCGCAAUCUGGGCCGACCCCAUCACCGGCGCCUCACCCCUAACCUGGAUCCGAGCGCAGGGGUGGUACCUAAUGGCUCUCAUCGACGUCUUGGACUAUUUCCCCCUUUCACACCCCGCCUACUCGCAACUCAUAAAAUGGGCUCGCCAGCUGGCCAGGGCGCUAAAGGAGACGCAAGACCCAGAGACGGGGGGGUGGUGGUUAGUUAUGGAUGGGGAGUAUGGAGGCCCGAAGGGAAGGGAAAGGGGGAAUUAUGUGGAGAGUAGUGGGAGUGUGAUGUAUGUUUAUGGAUUGCUUAAGGGGGUUAGGAAGUGGUAUUUGCUUGAUGAUGGUGGGGAACUGGUAAAAGUGGCGAGGAGGGGGUAUGAAGGGUUGGUGGAACGGUUCGUGAGGGUUGUGAAGGGGAAGGAUGGGGAGGAUGGGGAGGAUGGUCGGGAGGUGCUGUUGAAUUGGGAAGGGACGGUUAGGGUGGGGAGUCUGGAUGGGAGGGGGGAUUUUGAGUAUUACACCGGGAUCAACAGGGUUGAGAACUCGUUGAUUGGGGUUGGACCAUUUAUCUUGGCCAGCGUUGAGUAUGAGAUGUUGACGGCCGCCAUCGAGACAUGAUGAUCCAUGGAGCCAUGUAACCAUCAUGACUUCUGUUGUAAGACGACGAUAAAUUGUAGCAUGCUGGCCAGGAUGUUACUGUGUUGUAUGCCACCUUUCUCAUUGCUUCUACGGAUCCUCUUUCGAGCGAAGGGGGCGUUCCGUCCGCGAGAGGGGGCGCCGGAG